GUGCGCGGUAUCCAAGCAAAAGAAAGGAAGCCACACAACCACCGACAAAGCAAGUCCAAUAGCAGGAGCCAUAGAGGGAGGAGCUGCAGAUCUCAAUCAUUUUAGGUUGAGAUUGUUGUCACAGGUUGGAAGGAGAGUAGACACCAGUAGCACUGUGCUUUACUGUACUAGUACCGUAUGAUAGAAUCAGGAAAGUGAGAUGCAAGUAGUCCGAGGGUCGAGACCCCAGCAAUAUCAUCAUUAUCCUGCAGCACCACUUAUCCCCACACAACAACCCCGCUAUCACGAUAACAGUCCAGUCGAAUUCUUGAUGACUUUGAGAGGCAAAAUCUACCUUCUUCUCAUUCUGGGUCUGCUAUAUAACAUUAUCAGUACCUUGAAUUCGGUAUUCAAACCAGUCGAUACCACACUCUUUCACAAUCUCAUACAGAUACCCACCACUGCCUUUUCCAACAGCCGAUUGCCACGCAAGGGAAAAGAUCCAUUUACUUACAACGUCAAGUACAACAAGGACGAAAACAAUCAGAAAGAAGGAGAAGAAGAAGAAGAAAAACCCUUCCAACCAGCGCCAUAUGAUUACUACCAAAAACCGGUUCGAACCGACCAGCAUUUGCCCGACCCCACCUUCACCGCGUCCAAAAACCACACCCAUCAUGACAACCAUACCAAUAAUAAUCUGCUCGUCCUCAUUAUGAGUGCACGCAACAAUUUUGAACAACGACAAGCCAUUCGCGAGUCAUGGGCCAAAGAGUACCCGCACAAUAUACUAUUCGUCAUUGGGGGUCCCAUCCCGGACGAAGAUCCACGAGAGCGAGAGCUAUUUUCUAAAAAGUUGUUUCACGAACAAGAACAGCACAAUGAUCUAUUGGAUACGCUGUUACCAGAAUCCUACCGGGCAUUGCCGUAUAAACUGGACUAUGCCUUGAAAUGGAUCUAUAAUAAACAACAACAACCAGCAACAACGAAUGAGGAAACCACUUUCUUCCACAACUUGCAGUGGUACGUCAAGGUCGAUGACAAUGUCGUGGUGAGACUGUACCGACUCCAACGACUAGUGCUGCAGAAAUUCAACCCCCAUCAUCCCAUGGUGAUUGGAGAUAUCGUCACGGAUGCGGCCAAACAAAAGUUGGGCAAAUGGGCCGAAGAUCCACGGUAUACACCCGACUUUUAUCCCCCCUGGCCACGAGGUGCUUCGGGAUAUGUGGUGAGUCGGCCCGUGGUCGAGUACAUUGGUCGGACGACAGGGUUGUACUAUUAUCAAGGUGAAGAUGUCAGUUUUGCCAUUUGGUUGGAAGAGGCACAUGCUGCGUUUGGCAGUGGUGACUUGACGUGGAUUCAUUCUCCCGAGUUUGUUUUUGAGGAAGGAUGCGAUGAGGCGGAAUCGCACAUCAUCACGGGGCAUGACAUGGUGCCAGCGGAAAUCAAACACUGCUUUGAGCAGUUUGGGGACACUGUGGAAGCACACAAGUCGCGGAUCUACCGCCAAGAGGGACCCGUCAAGUUGCAUAAAAAUGUUUCGACAUUUGCUGACUAUAACAGUGGUGGGCACAUGUAUGAUGAUGAAUAUGGAUAUGGGUAAGGAAAGGAAGGUCCAUGUAAAGGAGCUGUUUUUAAAUGAGGAAGGAAUGCAACACCCUAUAAUCUGAGGAUCCUGUGUCGAACAGGGAAACAGGCACGAGGGAAAAGUCAGGAAGACUGAGUGACUCGCACUCCGCUUUUGCAAUUUUGCACUUGAUUCUACUAGCUAGCAGGCGCGCCAUCAAUUUAUCAUUCCUGAAACUGCUGGUGCUGAUAGCUAUAGCUUGGACUAAGAGUAGCAUCAUCAAUGAAAUCACCACUUGUUCAAGAUAAUGGGCAGCGACGAUUGAUACCACACAGUAGAACGGAUUGUUAAAAUGGGCUUGAAAGGCAGGGAGGGGUAGCAUCUUUCUGA